AUGUCUUUAAUCGACGACUUCAUAGAACAAUCAAAUGAGCCGUCUAAUGUUUAUUUGGAGACUGCAGGGUUUGAGCCAGCAGAUCCGGUUCAUAUGUUAGAAACCGGGUUUGUUAGUACUGGUUUGGCUGAAGACGAUUCGCGUGUUUUUACCUUAGAUCGUGUUCAAUUUCAACCUCCUUCGUCUAUAGUCGAGAUGUCUGUAUCAAACGAAGUUCUCAUAAUGGCUUUGGAAUCAAAUCAUAUAUUAAGAAUUGACUUACAACAAGCACACAACGUUGAAGAUAUUGAAAUGCAACGCAAAUCCGGGGAAGUGAAGAUUUAUAAAAUAUUCUUUGAUCCAACCGGCCGACAUUUGCUUAUUACUACCGAACAAGGAGAAAACUUUUAUAUAUUUGAAAAAUGGAAAAAAGCGAAAGUUCUUUCAAGGUUCAAGGGCAUAAUAAUUGAAUCCGUUGGGUGGAAUAAAACCGUAGGAACUUCUGAUAUUUCAACCAAAAAGAUUUUAAUCGGAAGUCGCAACGGUUUAAUUUACGAAGCUGAAAUAGAAUCAACUGAUGAAUACUUUAAAAGGGGAGAGAAAUAUUUCAAACAGGUAUACGCGUUAACCGACAAUCAGCCUGUAACCGGUCUUCGAGUUGAAGAGUUUCCUGCCACUCCUCGAAAAUAUUUCAUAUUAGCUACAACACCUACAAGAAUAUACCAAUUCAUAGGCCAGGCAAACCCUAGUGCUGAUAUAGAUGGUGGCUCUAUGUUUGAGGGCCUAUUUUCCAAAUAUAGUCUCAGUCCAG